UACAUUCCUUUCAAUAAAGGUUGAAUUCAAGACGGCGGUAACUGUAGCAUUAAAUUUGGAUGUCUGCCAAAUUGUUCUCAUUACAAAGUGCUCAUGCAACAUGACAGAAAAACUGCUUUCAUGUUCUAUAUUUGUUGAAUAUUUUUGAACUUUACAUGCUACUAUGGUCUGUUCUAAUAUUAUUAUCUUAUAUUUGUCGCAAUUUUCAAAUUGGAUAUUAUUUAUGAAUAUUGCAAACAGUAUUCAAUAAGAAAAUAGAUUUUAAGGAACAGACAAAAUACAGUAAACUAUAUAAUUUUAACUGUAUAUUAGAAAAUGUUAUAUUAUAUUUCUUUGUUUAACAGGCUAUAAUAUAUUCAGUAUGUUUGUUAACAAUCUGAAAAUUACUAAAAUACUUAUAUUUAUAACAAAUCAUGAAGGCAAAGAUUAAAAUGUAAUAACUUGUAAUCAUUGUGUAACUUAUAAUUUAACAAUUUAAUAAACGAUUUGGAAUUUGGUUGCACAGUUAUACAGUUUCUGCCUUCCCUCUAACAUCUGACUUGAGGUAAUUUUAGUUUCACCUCUCAGUUUUGCUUCUGCCAGUACAUAGUUCACUACAGUCCAAUCAGUAUCUGCUUAUCUACUGUAGGAGUAUGUUUAAAAAAUAAUCUUUUUUAUCAAUUAGUGAAAACAAUUAAUAAAACAGAAUAAUAAACGAGACCAUAUACUAAACUACUUACAAUAUAUUUUACUAUUUAUUUAUAAGUGUCAUUAGUGAGAUAUAUAAAUUAAAAAAAUUUUGUGAAAGAUCCUUUUUGUAAGAACAGUAAACAUGGAUAUGGACAAAGCAAGGGAACUAGUACUGACUAUAAAGCAAAAUAAUAAGUCUCAUGGAGGAUAUGGCUUACAAAAAGAGUGUGAAGCACUUGUUGGCCAUAUUUUGCAAAAUAUGUUGAAGUCUCCAUUACCCACUUUAAUUCCUGAAACGAAAAAUGAAGAAGAUUCUAUCAGAUACAGAGAAGAAGGAAAUCAGUAUUUUGUAAUGGGUGACGAUAAUGAAGCCAUAAAAUAUUAUACAUUGAGCUUAGCAUAUGCAAAUAAUGAAGAACUUAUGUCCCAUGCUCAUGCCAAUAGAUCAGCAGCUUUAUACAGAAAACAAAUGUUCAAAGAGUGUUUAAUAGAUAUUGAUUCUGCUUUGAAUCUUGGAUAUCCAGAAGAGAAAAGAAAAAAAUUGAAGGAAAGGGGGGCAAAAGCUAUUGAAGAACUUAAAAAGAAAUUGAAAAUCAAAGACAAUGAAUCUAUUAAUACGGAGAAAUUAAUGGAGAUGUGUUUAACAGAAACAAUUGAAGAGCUACCUGUAACUGUAAAAUACAAAAAUGGGAAAGCCAAAGAUAAUGAUGAAGAGGCAUGCAAAAAUGGACAGCUUAAUGGAAAUAAAGAAGAUUCAAUUAAUGGUUGUGGUAAUCCACUAAGUAAAAAAAAAGAACCAAGAUAUAUAAUAGAUGAAGGUCCUUUAAAGUUAGCUUAUGGUCCUAGCAAAGAGGCUCCUGCAGUUAGCGAUGGUGUUAUAAUUUCUUUCUCGGAAAAAUAUGGACGUCAUUUAGAAGCUACUAAAGAAUUUAAACCGGGAGAUGUUGUUUCUAUUGAAGAACCGUAUGCACACAUCAUUUAUGCACAAAAAUAUCAUACACAUUGUCACCACUGUCUUUCAAGAAGCUGUAAUUUAAUUCCAUGUCCAAGGUGCCCUAUGGCAGUAUAUUGCUCAGAAGAAUGUAGAUCAAUAGCUUGGAAUAUGGCACAUGAUUUAGAGUGUCCAAUUUUAGCAGUUCUGGGAAAUUUAUUCAAUGUUGAUAAAGACAAAGUAAGAAUGCUUACCAAAAUUGUUCGUUUUCUGAUUGUAGUAACAGCAAAAGGCAAGAAGAUUGCAGAACUGCACGAAGAUAUGAAAAUAGCAGAACGUAAUCCAGAUGAUAGAACUGCAGGAUUUACAGAUGAAGGUAUACUGGACAGCAAGAGUGCACGAUCUGCUUUAAGCCUUGCAACUAACAUGACAACAAGGCCACUCAUUGGUAUCAGUGCAUUUGCCUGUAUUUCAGCUUUGGCCUCUAUCCUUCUAGCCACACAGACUAAUUUCUUCUGCAAGAAAUACAAAAUGAAUGAAAUAAAAGACGUUAAUAAUGUCCCUCAGUUAAAAUUUUGUGGCAGCCUCAUGUUUCGUGCCUGUGUCAUAAUGUCUUCUAAUUGCUUCACAAUACAACAAGAACCAGGAAUUAAAACUGGUUCUGGACUAUAUGUGACGCAUAGCUUGUACAACCACUCCUGUGCUCCAAACACUUUUCGUCAUUUUGAAGGAUUGACAAUGCUCACUCGUGCUUUGGAACCAAUAUAUCCUGGAGAUCAAAUAUUCACUGGUUAUGGUGCUGCAUAUGCACAUAUGCCAAGAUCUGAAAGAAGAGAGAAAAUAAUGGAGGACUAUUUCUUUGAAUGUGACUGUCCUGCCUGUGAUGCCAACUGGCCAAUGUACAACGAAAUUCUUCAGAAUCACAUUGGUUCCAUCACCAAAAACAAAGAACUCGUAGAGAAACUGAAACCAUAUAAGCAGAGAUUGGUAAAGAAUAUGUAUGAUAUUGAUGCUGUAAAAUCCGUUCUUUGUAUUCUAUACAAAGAAGUGUCCCAGCCUUGCGAAGAGAUAGUACACGCAGAACAAUACCUAAAGAGUUAUUACUUAGGUAAAUUUGAUCAUAUGUCAACAUAACAAGUAUCCAUGCUUAUUUAUACCCAUAUAGCUUUGCUUACCUGCUAAUGCUUAAUAAUAUGCUUACUUACAUCCUGCAAAUCACAUUUAAUUAUAUAAAAUGUACUUCACUUUAUGCACUAGUUUAUUUUAUUGCUUAUUAACAUAAUGAAGCUGCUUCUGAGUUCAUAGCUUAUACUGCUUCAUAAUAAUGGGUCUAUACAUUACGCACUUUGCUGCAAAGGUAUGUGAAGAGCAAGUCAGUGAGGUUGUUAAAACUGAUUGAACAGACGUGUAUUUUCUUGUUUCUAGAUCCACGAGA